GAUUGCAAUCGAAUAAUUAGACCUAUUCUUAAAUCGAUCUUGCCUGGUUUAGUAAGUCUGCAUGUCAGACUUAUCAUUUGAUGCUAGUAAAUUCAUACUGAUUACUCAAUGCUGGUUUCUGCCGUAUCUUAAAGAUUAAGGUGUUCGUGUGUUUGGAGCGCGAGCGAACGUAGCGUCAUACAAUUAAAAACUCAGCAAGCUGAUGUUGUAUCUUUAUCACUAAGAGCCGAACCCCACUUUGAACCUUCACAAUGGCCCAGACUAACCCAAUGUUGAGUAUCAUCCAAGCGAAACUCGACUUCAUCGCAGAGGAGAAAUCUCGACUGAAAGCAGGCAUUGAUUCAUACGUCAAUAUAUACACGUCGGAAGCCACGGCAGCUGUGGAGAAUGGGUCGUCUGCUGAAGGUACGAGACAGCAUCUGAUUGACGUCAACUCUAGACUUGACCUAACUCUGCAACUCAUUCUGAAGACGAUUGAAGCAUUUCGAUACGUAGAAGCUGCCGAACAACAGUCUGACCAGAGCACAACAUUCUUCAGCUCCUAUUCCAAAAUCUACGACCAGCGGCUUGAGAGUCUAGAAGUUUCAACCUCGUUUCAAGACGAGGUCAAUCAGAACACAACAAAACAAAUGGCCUCCAUCGAGGAAAGAUUUCACGCUCUCGAAAGCGAAAUCCAAACUCUGAAAGUAAAGAACUUGGAGCUGGAAGAGAGUCACGUGACCUUCUCUUCAAAAACCACGAAUCACAUAUCUGAGCUGGAUGAGAGAACCAACCAAAUCAAGGACAGACAGGAGUCACUACAUGAACAGCAAAAACUCGCCGAGAUAGAUUUCGCCAAUACUUUCGUCACCAAAUCCGAUUUUUCCGAACACACUGAAUGGGUUAAAAGAACAAACCAAACUUUGGAGGCCUUGAGCACGAAAGUGACGCACAACACCGUGGAUCUGAAUGACGUGACAAACACGUGCAAGGACUUAGGAGAAACAACCAAGGAGCUGGUGAGUAAGGUGGAGACGGUGCAAGGGACGAUGCAGGAUUUGAAGUUGGCCAACAGCACCGAGAUGAACAAACUGCGGGAAAUGAAGAAAUUGCUGGCGGCCAAUGAAAAGAGCAAGAAGGAAACUAUGGACUAUUUUAAGGCCAGGAUGGAACAGGGAGAAACUUUGAACAAAAACAUCUACAAACUUAUAGCGUCUAGAUUGGAACCACUGAACAGACUGCAGGAAAUUUUUAACAAACAUAAGCAACAACAACCUAGUCGAGUAGAUGGGCUCAACAGCAAGGUUGUUGAACUAAAAUACAGGGCCGACGAUUUCAGCUCACGGAUUAACGAAAUGAGUGCACGGAUUAAUGCAUUGAGCUCACAAUUUUCCAUAUGUAGCUCACAGAUCUUUGACUUGCAAGUAAAAUGUGAAGACGAUGUAAUUAAAGAAGAAAUAGAAGAAGACCAACUUUCUAACAACAAUGACGAAAUUAACCAAGUUGGCUUCACUGCUUAUUUAAAGUCCACGCUAAACGUAGAUUCGAACACACAGCUGGGUGACCUGCUGGACGAACUUACUGAAGAUACCGGAUUUACUGCAUCAAGCGGAUUGUUCGUUGCACCUGUUGAAGGUCUUUACUUGUUUUUCCUGUCCUUAAAACAAGUCGGCUCAGGGAGAAUUCGAGCCCAUGUAAAAACUCUAAACUAUGAAGAUUCAGAUGUGUAUGUUGUAUGUAAAGCCAUGACGAAUGAGGAUGGUACAACCAGCUGUGGUCUAGGGGUCUCUUACAUGAAUGCGGGAGACACCGCGACGGUUAAAAUAGUCCAUGUGGAUGGUGAACCACAGUUGUCACCAUACACGAGUUUCUCUGGUUGUCUCAUCAGCCGCUCAUAAUGAGUGUUUAGUCACCAUCUCACAUGUGAGUGUUGGAGUCACUAUCACUCUUCACCCCAGAUUUUUUUUCUAGCUAUACGCUUUUUUAGAUGGUGAGUGUGUAUCGUAUAAUUUUUGUGUAGUUUAACUACCCUAUGUGUGUGGUUCAU